GGGCAGUGUCCUGGCCGCCCAGCGGGCAGGGGAGGGGGCCGGAGAGGCGCCCCCUCCCCAUGGGGCCCAACGAAAGCUGGCUGGCCCAAGCCCUGGAGCCCCGCAACGGGUCCGGCGGGCCGGGGGCCCGGCCCGAGCCCAGCCAGGCCCAAACCUACCGGCACUUCACCACCACCGUCCAAGUGGUCAUCUUCAUCGGCUCCCUGCUGGGCAACGUCAUGGUGCUGUGGUCGACCUGUCGCACAACCGUGUUCAAAGCCGUCACCAACAGGUUCAUUAGAAACCUGGCCUGCUCGGGCAUCUGUGCCAGCCUCGUCUGCGUGCCUUUCGACAUCGUCCUCAGCAGCAGCCCUCACUGCUGCUGGUGGAUCUACACCCUGCUCUUCUGCAAAGUGGUCAAGUUCUUGCACAAAGUCUUCUGCUCGGUGACCAUCCUCAGUUUCCCCGCCAUCGCCCUGGACAGGUACUAUUCCGUCCUGUACCCCCUGGAGCGGAAAAUCUCGGAGGCCAAAUCUCGCGACCUGGUCAUUUACAUCUGGGCCCACGCGGUGGUGGCCAGCGUCCCCGCGUUUGCCGUGACCAACGUGGCCGACAUCUACGCCAUGUCCAGCUGCACGGAGGCCUGGAGCUACUCCCUGGGCCAGCUGGUGUACGCCCUGGUGUACAACGUGACCACGGUGAUCGUGCCGGUGGCGCUGGCCUUCCUCUUCAUGGCGCUCAUCCGCCGGGCGCUGAGCGCCAGCCGGAAGAAGAAGGUGGUGAUGGCGGCCCUGCGCACGCCGCGCGAUACGGUGUCCAUCCCGUACGCCUCGCCGCGGGAGGUCCAGCUGCACGCCACCCUGCUCUCCAUGGUGUUGGUGUUCCUCUUCUGCAGCGUCCCCUACGCCACCCUGGUGGUCUACCGGGCCGUGCUCCGUGACCCCGACACGUCCGUCUUCCUGCUGCUCACGGCCAUCUGGCUGCCCAAGGUCUCGCUCCUGGCCAACCCCGUGCUCUUCCUGACGGUCAACAAGUCGGUCCGCAAGUGCCUGGCGGGGAGCCUGGCGCGGCUGCACCGGCGCUACAGCCGGCGGAACGCCGUGGGCUCCGGGGCCGGCCUGGACGCGGGCCUGGAGGCGGGCCUGCGCUCGGGCAGUCAGCUCCUGGAGAUGUUCCACAUCGGGCAGCAGCAGAUCUUCAAGCCCACCGAGGACGAGGAGGAGAACGAGGCCGAGGCCGCCGACUCGGCCCCCUCGCCGGCCCGCGGCCCGGACCCCCGGCCGCCCCCCGCCCCCGGCCCCCGACCGGAGGGGCCACCCGCCCCCGACCGCUACGCCCUGCAGUUUGGCUUCGGGCCCUUCGAGCUGCCCCCGCAGUGGCGCUCCGAGACCCGGGGCAGCAAGAGGCGGCUGCUGCCCCCAUUGGGGAACACCCCCGAGGAGCUCAUCCAGACCAAGCCUCCCAAGGCCGGCAGGGCGGAACGCAAGAUCAGCCGCAACAAUAAAGUCAGCAUCUUUCCCCAGGCGCAAUCCUAGCCGCGGUCCCACCCGCCUUCGUCCCCCCGUCCGCUGCCCACCCUGCCCCGCUCGUCCUGCCCCGUGCCCUGCCUCCUGCGCCAUCUCCCCGGGCAGGCCGGGCCCAGCCCGUGGAUCGACCGCGCGCUCUGUUAGGGGCCGAGAUGUGGGGGACCAGAUUGGGAUUCUCAGGAAGGGAAAUGCGUCGAACCAAGUGCUCCUUAUGGCAGGGUUUGCCCCUCUUCCCCCCUGAGACUGCCCUGCUCCGGAGGCCACCCUCACCCCCGUCCCAGGGCGGCUGCAGGGGAGCAGUGGCCUUAGCGUUUCCUGAGGGCCCGCUGUGGGAAGGGCACUGUACCAAGCCCUCGGGAAGAAUGAAACCAGCGGGACAAGUGGGAAUCAAUGUAUGUUGCUCCCAGGAUUUCUUCGUCUCCUUCUCCUCCCCGUCGUCCCCCUCCUCCUCCUCCUCCUCCUCCUUUCCCUGUUUCCAGCAGGGACUGCUGGGUUCCUGGGGAAUGGGCUUGGACCCAUUAAGGGGAGCGGUAGCAGCACCACAGGAGAAAACCCCAAAAUGAAGAGGCAGCAGAGAGGUCAUGAAGAAGCGGCCUGCUCAUUGCCCCCAAAUAAGACUCUGCCCAGCUAGAGUCUUAUUUCCAGUCCCUCAGGCACAAGGAAAAACACUUACAGGGAGGGGAGUGUCUCUUGAUGAUCUUGAUGAUGUCCCGUGGCCACAAGGUAGGUGGUGGAAAAGCCUUCUCUUCCCAUUUUACAGACGGGAGAACUGAGGGUGAUGGAGAGGCAGGGAGAAGACCAGUCAAUCAAAGGAAUUUAUUGAGCACUUACUGUGUGCAGAGCACUGUACUAAGCUCUCGAGCGAGUAAAAUACCACGGAAUACUACAAUUCGAAAGGAACAGCGAGAAGAGAAGCAGCAUGGCCUAGUGGAAAGAGUCAGAGGACAUGGGUUCUAAUCUCAACUCCACCACUAGUCUGCUGUGUGACCUUGGGCAUGUCACUUACCUUCUCUGUGCCUCAAUUAUCUCAUCUUUAAAAUGGAGAUUAAAUCAUCAUCCCUCCAACUUAGACUAUAAGCCCCAGGUGGGGCAGGGGCAGGGACCCCAUGUGAUCCAACCUGAAAAACCUGUAUCUAUCCCAGCGCUUAGAUCUAGUUUAUUUGUAUUGAUGUCUGUCUCCCCUUCCU